CGCAGUGCAAUCGAUUCAAUUUUAUUUCUAGCUAUGGCAGAAAGCAACCUCCCAACAACGGGAGAAGAACUGGGAGUGAAAAAUGAGUCUCCAGCUACAGGUAAGAAAGGGCAAGGAAAGACUUCUUUAUGGUAAUUUUAUACUGUUUGUUGAUUAAGUAAACCUUAAUUCUGGUGCACAAUUUUUUUGAUCACUUCGACUCCAAGGUUUUAGGAAUCCACUAAUGAAAUACGCUAGUAUUAGAACGUUAGUUGUAAUUGCACAUAGUUGUGAUCACUAAUAAAGUUGAAAUAUCUUCUCGGUAAUUUCAGCGACAGAGAAAAGUCAAGUUACGUCAAGUGACGCUGAACUGGAUGAAGACGAUGACCUUUUAAGAGGUGAGAAAAGAUUUUUUGAAAGAAGUCCCCAUGAAGUUUUUCACAUUCACAUCAAAAUUUGCGUAUGUUCUAUGAAUAAGUUUUUGAAACAGCAAAAGAUUGUUUCUUCAAAUUUCAGACUUUGUUACCAGUAAAAUAAAAAACAAAGGAAGAAAACAAAUUGCCCUUAAUCAAAGAAGAAUGGGCCAAAAUUAGCCCACUAGACUUUGUAAAACUCGGUUUUUCUGAGUUUUAGAAGUGCUUACUUGUAAAUCAACACACAAUGUUUUGGAGAUUAACGAUGUAUCUACAGUUUGCACCUAAAAUGGAGGAUAUUUGCGUAGUAAGAGUAUUAUCCUUUUGCACUUGAAAAUAUUGUAAACUUGGUCAUUUUUAGUGUGAAAGUCACAUUCGGCAAGAGAGAGCUGUUGGUAUCCGUGGGCGAAUACCAAUUUUCGAAGUUUUGAAAAAUUUGCAAACGGAUAACUUUUUGAGGCCGCCAGAAGGAAAGCAUUUACGUUAACACAUUUUUUCCCCUUAUUGUUCAGUACGUGUUUGGCAGAAAUUUUUACGCAAUUUGAGAAUUCUACGGAGAAGAGGAGGCAUUUUGUCUCAGCCGUAUCGCCUGUUUUGGUCCUCUAAAUAUUUCACGCCCCUUUAGACAGUUAUGUCAACACCAGGCCCACGCUGUAAACCAUCAGCCAACAAAAUGUGGAGCCGCUGACUUUCACAACAGGCAAAAUAGUACUUCGCGGGAAAGUGAUACUUUCCCAAUCAAAUUUCUCCAGUUAGCCUCUUCGAGUAUGUUCUCAAUAGACAAUUACAUGUAUGAGAAAAACCAAGUGAUAAGAGAAAAAUACAAAAAAAAAACCUUUUUCCAGCGCACUUUUCUGAACUCUUGUCACUCUCAGACUCUCAGUACGAUGUUCUUUUUUUUCGUUAUCAGAACAUUCACAAGUUUUAACUUUUUUCGGUCCUGGCUUUGCUUUUCUUUAUGCAAUAACUUAUGGGGUUUGAUAUUCUAACAAGAAAUUUUGGAAAACGUAGCCCAUGUGUAAAAGGGUCUUUGGAAAGUCUCUCGACCUAAAUGUAAACCGAUCAGACUUGAUGUGGUUAUAGCCAAGCUACAGCUAAAACUCCAAAUAGCUUGCAUAUUUUAAGAAAAAAAAAUACACAGAGAAACUCUCCUGAAGGGCGAUUGUAAACAAAUUUGAGUUAAGGUAGGAUCUUCCGGUGAAACUUGUGAUAUUUUGGAGGAGUUUGGAAAGCCUCUCGACCUAAAUGUAAAUUGAUAAACUUGUGGUAAUAGCCAAGCUACAGCCCAGACUCCCAGCAGCUUGCACACAAACAAAAUGCACAGAUAUUAAACUUUUCUGGUUGUUUUUUCCCAUAGCUCUAAGCUCCUUUAACUUAAAAGUUCGUUUGGAUAUAUAGAGUUGGCACCAUCCGUCAAGGGUCGUAUCACUCAUUACUAAAUCAUUAAUACUAAAACGUUGUGUUUUUAGAAAUAGCGAAAGCUUGUCUCGAGGAAGGUAACAAAGAAUACAGACAAGGAGAAGCUAAUAACGCGAUAAACUCCUACACGGAAGGACUUCAAGUGAACUGCAAAGAUAAACGACUGAACGCCAAGCUUUACAGCAACAGGGCAACAGCUCAUUUCCGUUUGGGUAACAAUUUCAUAUGUAAACAUAAAUCUGUCGUGCAGCGUUACAAGAUAACGGAAUACACAAUCUGCAUCAAGAAAAGAAAAAAUUGAGCAAAUGUAGAAAAGUAGCGUAAAAACAUAAAUCGCCCUGUAGCGGAUGAAAAUUAAGCAAAGAAAUGAUCCUCGUUACAUUUUAAGCAACUGUAAUUUUUUAAGGCUUCUUUGUUGCAAUUCCAUAUGAUGACCACUUUUUAAAGCCUUAUUUCCUGAAUCUCAUAGAAAACUACGUGGAAUGUCUCGAUGGUGCAACAGUUGUCGUUCAGUUGGAACCCACAUUAAUCAAAGCUAUUAAGAAAGGUGGGUUUUUCAGACAUGAGCCAUCAACAUUCUAUUCUCUGAUUUCGUCAAAAGAGGAUUGUGUGGUUUGUGGCAGGUUACUGCUCUCCAAGUGUCAAUUGUAUCUGGUAAGUCAAUGUCUGUAAUGUGGGUAAAAAGCAUAAAAAAUGUCAAUAAGCUCUCAAAUACCGCCGCCUGUUUAGUUCACGUUGUAAAGCGCCGGAGGUCGAGUGUUCAAGCCCUAGACUGGACCAUCUUCCUUAGUCUUAAAUAUCUGAGGACAAUGUGCUGCCGCCUAAGCUGUGACAUCUGCAAAUGGUUUGAUAUUCUAGUCCCGGAUAAGAACGGAAAACCGUAAGCCCCGUUUCUUGCAUCUUCUCUGUAACUCAAGGAGGCACCUGAAAAAUUCCCUUUCAAAAGUUGUAAACUGCUCAAUGCAGUCUGCCCGAAAAUUUCCUAGAAAAGUGCUGAAAAGCGCAUAAUAGCACAUUAAAAUGAAGAAUGUGCAAGAUAAAUUUAUUGUUAUCAUCAUCAAUUGAAGCUUAAUUGGUAGCCGCUUUCCAUUAGCUCCUUAAUGUUUAUUUUCAGUUCUUCUACAAGUUCAAAUUUCCUUCAUUGUCACAAUUUUUGUUCCCAACUAAAUGGGAAAUUAAGUCAAUUUUAUCAAUACGUUUAUACUUUAACAGUGAUGAAUACUUCGUACCAACAAUUAUUCUCUCCUUUUCAGGAGCCAGAGCUUGUGUCGAACUUGGCUUGUAUAAAGAAGCAAGGAGCUGGUUGCAUAAGGGAUUGGCCGUAUCCUUUAACGAACGUUUCAAACGUGAUACGAGAUGCAAUGCGAGUAAUAUUUCAAGGGAAAUCAAUACGUUCCGGAGAGAUUCUUCAGCACAUAAUGGAAGCAAUGUUAUCUUAUACUGCACUGAGCAGUUUAAAGAAGCUAAAAUAUUCUUAAAGAGUUUUUUAGACUAUGCCACGAAACUUUACUCAAAAAAAAAGGCCAUAUUAAUUAAUUCCCAGAGUUUGAGCUGAAUACCCCUAAUUUUUGUCUUCAGACAAGCAUCACCAUGACGACCGAACCUAAACCAAUAAAUACGCUUCAGAGCUAGAUAAAACUCUCCAAUACCUUGAAAUCAAAUCUCUAAAAAAACCCACGUUCGAAUUAUCAUUCCAGUUUUAAGGUUCUAUCUAAUACUCUUAGUGUUUUUCAAAAAUACACAUUUCCAUUAAAUUUUCGCAAAUCUGCUGAUUUAUCGACCCUUGACACGUUUUAAGAUUGAAAAUGACGACCAACGUCUGCUUCGAUUACUAAGGAAAACUAAUGCUAAACUAAAAGUCAUAGCAAACAGUUCUUCCAAUCGUGGAAACGCUUAUCAAGGACGAGGACAGUUCAAAACAGCCAUCCAGUACCAUCAACGUCAUCUAGAAAUUGCUAAAGAAGUGGGAGACAAGGCCGGAGAGGGAAACAGUUAUGGCAACCUCGGCAACGCUUAUGACGGUCUAGGACAGUUCAAAACAGCCAUCCAGUACCAUCAACGUCAUCUGGAAAUUGCCAAAGAAGUGGGAGAUAAGGCCGGAGAGGGAAAAAGUUAUGGCAAUCUCGGCAACGCUUAUAAAGGUCUAGGACAGUUCAAAACAGCCAUCCAGUACCAUCAACGUCGUCUAAAAAUUGCUAAAGAAGUGGGAGACAAGGCCGGAGAGGGAAGAAGUUAUGGCAACCUCGGCAACGCUUAUCAAGGUCUAGGACAGUUCAAAACAGCCAUCCAGUACCAUCAACGUCAUCUAGAAAUUGCUAAAGAAGUGGGUGACAAGGCCAAAGAGGGAAAAGGUUAUUGCAACCUCGGCAACGCUUAUCAAGGUCUAGGACAGUUCAAAACAGCCAUCCAGUACCAUCAACGUCAUCUAGAAAUUGCUAAAGAAGUGGGAGACAAGGCUGGAGAGGGAAAAAGUUAUGGCAACCUCGGCAACGCUUAUCAAGGUCUAGGACAGUUCAAAACAGCCAUCCAGUACCAUCAACGUCAUCUAGAAAUUGCUAAAGAAGUGGGAGACAAGGCCGGAGAGGGAAGAAGUUAUGGCAACCUCGGCAACGCUUAUCAAGGUCUAGGACAGUUCAAAACAGCCAUCCAGUACCAUCAACGUGAUCUAGAAAUUGCUAAAGAAGUGGGAGAUAAGGCCGGAGAAGGAAAAAGUUAUGGCAAUCUCGGCAUUGCUUAUGACAGUCUAGGACAGUUCAAAACAGCCAUCCAGUACCAUCAACAUGAUCUAGAAAUUGCUAAAGAAGUGGGAGACAAGGCCGGAGAGGGAAACAGUUAUGGCAACCUCGGCAACGCUUAUCAAGGUCUAGGACAGUUCAAAACAGCCAUCCAAAACCAUCAACGUCAUCUAGAAAUUGCUAAAGAAGUGGGAGACAAGGCUGGAAAGGGAAAAAGUUAUGGUAACCUCGGCAACGCUUAUCAAGGUCUAGGACAGUUGAAAACAGCCAUCCAGUACCAUCAACGUCAUCUAGAAAUUGCUAAAGAAGUGGGAGACAAGGCCGGAGAGGGAAAAAGUUAUUGCAAUCUCGGCAACGCUUAUAAAGGUCUAGGACAGUUCAAAACAGCCAUCCAGUACCAUCAACGUCAUCUAGAAAUUGCUAAAGAAGUGGGAGACAAGGCUGGAGAGGGAAAAAGUUAUGGCAACCUCGGCAACGCUUAUCAAGGUCUAGGACAGUUCAAAACAGCCAUCCAGUACCAUCAACGUCAUCUAGAAAUUGCUAAAGAAGUGGGAGACAAGGCCGGAUGGGGAAAAAGUUAUGGCAACCUCGGCAACGCUUAUUGCAGUCUAGGACAGUUCAAAACAGCCAUACAGUACCAUCAACGUCAUCUAGAAAUUGCUAAAGAAGUGGGAAACAAGGCCGGAGAGGGAAAAAGUUAUGGCAAUCUCGGCAACGCUUAUCAAGGUCUAGGACAGUUCGAAACAGCCAUCCAGUACUAUCAGCGUCAUCUAGAAAUUGCUAAAGAAGUGGGAGACAAGGUCGGAAAGGGAAGAAGUUAUGGCAACCUCGGCAACGCUUGUCGCAGUCUAGGACAGUUCAAAACAGCCAUCCAGUACCAUCAACGUCAUCUAGAAAUUGCUAAAGAAGUGGGAGACAAGGCCGGAGAGGGAAACAGUUAUUGCAAUCUCGGCAACGCUUAUCAAGGUCUAGGACAGUUCAAAACAGCCAUCCAGUACCAUCAACGUCAUCUAGAAAUUGCUGAAGAAGUGGGAGACAAGGCCGGAGAGGGAGGAAGUUAUGGCAAUCUCGGCAACGCUUAUGACGGUCUAGGACAGUUCAAAACAGCCAUCCAGUACCAUCAACGUCGUCUAAAAAUUGCUAAAGAAGUGGGAGACAAGGCUGGAGAGGGAGGAAGUUAUUGCAACCUCGGCAACGCUUAUCAAGGUCUAGGACAGUUCAAAACAGCCAUCCAGUACCAUCAACGUCAUCUAGAAAUUGCUGAAGAAGUGGGAGACAAGGCCGGAGAGGGAGGAAGUUAUGGCAAUCUCGGCAACGCUUAUGACGGUCUAGGACAGUUCAAAACAGCCAUCCAGUACCAUCAACGUCAUCUAGAAAUUGCUAAAGAAGUGGGAGACAAAGCCGGAGAGGGAAAAAGUUAUGGUAAUCUCGGCAACGCUUAUGACGGUCUAGGACAGUUCAAAACAGCCAUCCAGUACCAUCAACUAGAGAUAAGACUGGAGAGGCGUGCUCACUCUCUUCCCUUGGAAGAAGUUUUGAGUGCCAAGGAAAUCUUAUGAUGGCCUUUGACUGUUAUUACUCGAGUGUAGAAUUGUAUGAUGACAUCAGGGCCAGUCUUCAACUCAACGAUCAGUGGAAGAUUUGUUAUCGUAAUCAGCACCAAGGAGCAUACAAAGGUUUGUGGCGUAUAAAUGUCAAUCGAAGUCAAGUUGUGAAGGCUCUUCUUGCCACAGAGAAAGGACGUGCCCAAGCUCUGAGAGAUCUCAUGGUCACAAAAUAUCAGCCUGGAGAUUCUCUAACGCCCAGCGCAUCCCGCACUUCUCUGAGGUGGGUUCCAUUGAGCACAGUUUUCAUAGCUAUUAAUGGACCCUGCGUUUACUUCUGGGUUUGCCUCAGUGAAAAUAAUAUCCAGAUGAGAGAAGUACACGUGAACAAAUACAAGUAUGAGAAUGAAUUGAAAUUUUUCAUCCAGCUACUGAACAAAACUGUUCUUAAGGAGAUCAGUAAAGGAGAUACUGUUACCAUGGAAAAUCCUCCGCUUGACUCGCCUCGGACAGACGAGGAAGUGGCCAAUGAUGUGAUCCAAGUUGAUGUGAGGCACUCCCAAUCAAGUGCUUUAAAGAAGCUGCAUGACAUCAUCGUUACUCCUAUUGCUGACCUCAUCGAAGGCAACGACGAGAUCACAAUCGUUCCUGAAGGGCCAUUUUGCCUCGUACCUUAUGCAGCGUUGCAGGACUCCAACUCGUCUUAUCUAAGUGAUUCUUUCAGAAUUCGUGUGCUUCCCUCUCUCACGACCUUGCAACUAAUUCAUGAUUGUCCAGCAGACUUUCACGUGAAGACUGGUGCAUUGCUUGUCGGCGACCCAUGUUUCAAACACAUCAUCUAUGAGGGCACACUUUUGAUGCAACUUCCAGGAGCAAGAAAAGAAGCGGAGAUGAUCGGACGUAUCCUCAAUGUCUCCCCUCUCACUGGAGAAAUGGCAACAAAAGAUGAAGUGUUAAAACGAAUAUCAUCAGUGGCCUUAGUUCAUAUAGGAGCGCACGGUAAAAUGGAAACUGGAGAAGUUAUCCUAGCACCAAACACCACAAGAGAUAGCCCUCAGCCGCUAGAGAAAGACUAUCUACUGACGAUGAAAGAUGUCAUAGAAGCUGGGUUGCGAGCACGUCUGGUUGUACUUAGCUGCUGUCACACUGCUCGUGGGGAGGUCAUGGCCGAGGGUGUGGUCGGCAUGGCGCGUGCACUUUUGGGUGCCGGUGCCAGAUCUGUUGUGGUAACCUUGUGGGCGAUUGGCGACGAGGGGACCCUGGAGUUCAUGAGUUUCUUUUACGAUGCACUUUCCAAAGGCAAGAAGGCAAGUGAAGCUCUCAAUCAGGCCAUGAAGUGUAUGAGGGAAAUUGAAAAGUUCAAAGAGGUGAUUUACUGGGCACCAUUUGUACUCAUUGGUGACGACGUCAUCCUGGAUUUCAAUGAGAUUUAG